AUGUACAAAGAAAAAUCCUUAUGUUCACCUGGAAGGUCACGUGCAGUGAACCAGCUUUAUAUCUACAGAUACGGUACUUCAGAAUGCGAGGAACACCUGUUGUGUCUAUUGAGAACAAAAAGACCCUCAAGAGAUGUGGACACUAUCAAAAAUAAAGUUAAAGACUUAAUUGAAGAAAAAUUGAGAGAGUUUCAGAGUACCAAUGCUAUGAAGAAUUGGACUAGCAUAUCAGAGAGUGCCACUAAUCGUCAUCCAACAAGGAAUAACCGGGCUUGUCUUUGUGAAAUGAUUGAGGACUUUGUGAACAAGAAGCUUGAUAAUCAAACAGUUAUUGUGGCCUGAUAAAAUGGAAUCUUUUAGAAUAUUUUGUUCAAGUUUAGAGCUAAGCUAAUUAAGGCUUUUAGCUAUAAAUGUUUAUCGCAUUCAUGACAUCUUUAAUGAUUCUCAGUUCAUAAAUAUGCUUUUAGAGUUUAAAAAUAUGUGAUUUCUAAAUUUUUGA